CAAUUAAAUAAAUAAUACAACAUUAUGUAUCUUCGAGUUGACGUACCUGUGUUUAUUGUUUUUAAUCAUCAUAAGGUAUAAUUUACUUGUACAACGACGUUCAAUUUGAAACUGUGUUAACUUAAUUCAUAAAUCCGGCAACCGGUUAAUCAUAUGAAUAUAUGAGUUUACCUUUUUUGUGUUUCAUGUGUUUGUUUUAAUUGAAGGGCUUUUAACUAAACCAGUUUUUCUUGUUCGCAGGUAAGAUGACGUUGCCAGCGCCUCAGACCAUCGACGAGUAUCAAGACACAUCCGUGAUGAACACGACAAACGUGACGGGCCACAUCGCCAGCUUCGAGGAGCCGUACGCGCUGGACCUGGUCGUGCCGCUCACCGUCACCUACGUCGUCAUCUUCGUGGCCGGCAUCCUCGGCAACACCAGCACCUGCGUCGUCAUAGCGAGGAACCGGUCCAUGCACACCGCCACUAACUUCUACCUCUUCAGUCUUGCCAUUUCAGACCUCAUCUUACUAGUAUGUGGGUUACCGUUUGAAGUGCAUAAACUAUGGAAUCCAAUAACGUACCCUCUCGGUGAAGCGCACUGCAUAGCCAUAGGUCUGGCGUCGGAGACGUCAGCCAACGCCACGGUGUUGACAAUAACAGCGUUUACAGUGGAGCGGUACAUAGCGAUAUGUCGGCCUUUCAUGUCACACACCAUGUCAAAGCUGUCUCGGGCUGUGCGGUUUAUUAUUGCUAUAUGGGUGUUCGCGCUGUGUACCGCGGUGCCACAAGCGAUGCAAUUCGGUAUAGUGACGUAUGACGACAAUGGGCAGAACGCGAGCGCUUGUACAGUGAAAGGUGUGGGAGUGCAUCAAGUGUUUGUUAUAUCUAGUUUUGUGUUCUUCGUGGUGCCAAUGUCGAUGAUCACAGUGUUAUACGCGUUGAUAGGUAUUAAGUUGAGGACAUCCCGCGUGUUGCAUCCAGUGAAGAAGCUCUCGGUGGACAGUAACGAAAGAGCGAGUGGUCAAAUGCAAUACAGAAACGGCGCGUCACAAAGAAGGGUCAUCCGAAUGCUAGUGGCGGUUGCGCUGUCAUUCUUCAUUUGUUGGGCGCCGUUUCACGUGCAACGCCUACUCGCUAUCUACGGAAAAAGUUUGGAUCAUCCCUCAGACACCUUCUACCUGGUUUACAUCGUGUUGACGUUUCUAUCCGGAGUGCUAUACUUUCUAUCGACCGCCAUUAACCCCUUUCUCUACAACAUCAUGUCAAAUAAGUUCAGGAAUGCUUUCAAGAUGACAUUAGCUACAUGGUGCGGCCGCGGCGGGCCACGCAUGGGGCGCACAUACAGCGCCCUCCUCGCGUCGCAGCGGUUGCGCGCCGGCGCGGGCGCAAGCGAGCGGGCUCGGGGCACGCGGCGACUGCGCCGGCUGUCCACCGCCACCACACAGCUUUACGAUGCGCCCCCACGAGCGCAGGUGAGUGCUACAACGGGCGGGAUCUACCAACCGUUAACGAGUCCCCUAGCGGCAACGGGUGGUCGCGCGCGUGGCGACUCCGCAUCCACGACCCCUCCGACUCCGUCGACUCCCCUCGCAGCAUCUCCAACUCCAGUCUUCGAGAGGUCGACGACGAGCUCACCGGCGAAGAGUUGGCCACCUACAUGUACCACGUGAACUGUAAUAUCGGUGGACUAACCUGAGACACGUCUGUGUAAUCCCCAGUGACCACGCCAUAGCUCCCAGAGCAAAACUCCAAGUGAAGGAAACCUAGUGAUCGUUUUAUAGACGUUUCUAUACGAUGUACAUAACUUUGUUGUCCAUUGUUAGUUACAGCUUUAAGAAUUUUAAGUACGUGCACUUAAAUUACCGUUUUGGUGUUAAGUGGUAAUCUGUGUUAGCUGAAACAUGAUGGUAAAAUAACGAAAACAUUUUCCUUGAGUAUUUAUGUGAUGGUCGGAGCCAAAGUAAUAGCUUACAUAAGACGGUUACAGGCUAUACCUAGAGAUAUCAUCCUGGAGAAUUACCUACUGUGUCAUAAAGCUGUUAAUCUUUGGCACGCACUGCCCAUUACUCAUUCUAUAAUCUAUUAAUUACUUUAAGGCGACACUUUACCUAACAUUCUAGUUGCCUACGUCAAUAAUGUUGUUCGAUUUUACAUUUACAUUAAGUUCUGAACAAUGUACGUUUUAACGAUUUAUAUAAAUGAUGUAUUUCAUUCUAUAUUUGAUUUUCGGCCAAAAUUAUAAUAAAGUAUUUAUUGAAUGUCAGAAAAAUAGAUAUAAAAUUAUUAAACUAAGUAACUUUGUCCAUAAUACUCUACAGAUAGCUAGUGUGUACGGUGGUUGUAUGUGCUAAGCACAGUUUGAGAGUUGAGCGUCUUUGUGAAAUUGAGUGUGUUGAUAAGAAUGCAAGGCAAGGCUAAUGUUUCGUCAGACUAUAAAAUACUCGAAUAAAUUAUAGACGUGUAAAGCCGCAAAAAUAAAAAAAUCCUAGCGUUAAAUGGACCGUUAUUUCCCGCCCAAAUCUGUAAGGGUCGACCCAUACAUUACUGAAUUCAGGGCCGCGUUCCGACAAACUUUAUUCAUAUAUUUGAGACAAAUGUCCAAUGUAUUAUAUACCUUUGAUUUUAUGUCUGUGUCGGCCUUCAUGCACACGGAUUUGUGCCCAUACUCAAUGAGACUGGAAUAUCAGUGUGAUGAUGAAAAUAACUGAAAUACGUUAGGAUAUAUGUGUGUAAUAGAACUGUUGGGUACGUACUUAGUUAGGCAACAUUGUACAUUGUCACCGAAUAUAAUAUGUUUUGCUAUUUAUAAAACAGACUGUAUAUAAAUUAUAUGUGCAUAUUUCGGACACAAGCGUAACUGACUUGAUUAGGCAUAAAAUUAAAAUAAAAUAAAUGAUUAAUGUAUGUUUUCUUUUCGACAUUUUUACUGCGUGGUUUAAUGAGUUGCCUAUUUGAACUUAUUUGAUCAUGUUUUGUACAAUGUGAUGUUGUUAGUCAUAUUAUUAUUUUAGAGGGUAUUAACAGGCUUUGGCUGUGUAUUUUAUUAGAUAGAAGAUUUAGUUAAAUAAGAAAAUUAUGGAUACUAAGGUAACUUUGCGGUAAUCCCAUUGUGUUUGAAUUAUUUGCAACUUUUUAUAACAUGAAAUGUGCCAUCUGAUAUGUAACUACAGGAAAAUACGCAAAAUAAAAGGGCCGUAAGAGUAGAAUAUAAGUUAAUGAUCAGGUAUAAAAAAAAAUUAAAAUUAAAUUAGUAUAAAUGCUUCCAAAAACAUUCAGGAACAGAGCUUUACAAAAUUAAAAUAGUAUGUGACAUUAAAUUGCUUAAAAGCUACGAUAUUUUUUUGAAAAUGUAUUAUUUAAAAUCUCGAGUGUAUAAUAAGUGUCAUAUUGUAUGGUAUAUUUGCUUUAAAGAUAAAAAAUGUUCACAUAAAAUAAGAUACCAUCGAAUGAUACAAUACAAAUAUUAAAUGUAGAACAAAUUGUCGAUAUGCGUAAAGUAUUUAAUUUAUCCUAAUAACGGGUUAGUUAUAAGGCAAAGGUAUUAAAAUCAUUGUAAUACUUAUUAAAAUAAUCUACCAGCUAAUUAAAAACUUGUUUUACGUCCUUUUUAAAUUCAGUUUAAAAACCUUGCAGUUUAAUAUCAGAUGGGACCAAAAACGCAUGUCACAAUAAAAUGUUAUAGAAUAAAUAUCAUUGUUAAUAGUAGAUAAAUGAAUUGUUGUUGUAAAGUAUCAUAACGAGUGAUCUAUUUUGAUUAUAGUAAUGUCAAUGAAUUAAAAGGAACAAUCUUCCAACUUCA